AGACUGAUGAAAACUUUCCACACCUCCAGCAACUCCAGCACCAUCACUGGCUUCAUCCUGCUGGGUUUUCCCAGCCCCAGGGAGGGGCAGAUAUUCCUCUUUGUGCUCUUCUCAGCUGUCUAUCUCCUCACCCUCACGGGCAAUGCUUCCAUCAUCUGUGCCGUGUGCUGGGAUCAGAGACUACACACACCCAUGUACAUCCUUCUGGCCAAUUUCUCCUUCCUGGAGAUCUGGUAUGUCACCUCCACAGUCCCCAACAUGUUGGCCAACUUCCUUUCUGACACCAAGGUCAUCUCCUUCUCUGGCUGCUUCCUCCAGUUCUAUUUCUUCUUUUCCUUGGGUUCCACAGAAUGCUUCUUCCUGGCAGUUAUGGCAUUUGAUCGCUACCUUGCCAUCUGCAGGCCUCUGCACUACCCUUCCAUUAUGACACGACGUCUCUGCACCAAUCUCAUAGUCAGCUGCUGGAUGCUUGGUUUUCUCUGGUUUCCAGUCCCCAUCAUCAUCAUUUCUCAGAUGUCCUUUUGUGGCCCCAGGAUAAUUGAUCAUUUCCUGUGUGAUGCAGGUCCUCUUUUAGCCCUCACCUGUUCCAGAGCCCCAGUGAUGGAGUUCUUCUGGACAACUAUAAUGUCUCUGCUCCUGUUUAUUCCUUUCCUCUUCAUUAUGAUGUCCUAUGUGCUGGUUCUCAGAUCUGUGUUGAAAGUUCCUUCAGUAGCAGGGCGAAGAAAGGCCUUUUCUACCUGUGGUUCCCAUGUGACUGUAGUUUCACUUUUCUAUUGCUCAGUGAUGGUUAUGUAUGUGAACCCAACAUCUGAGCAUGAAGCUGGAACACAAAAGCUCAUAACCUUGUUUUAUUCUGUAGGAACCCCACUCAUUAAUCCUGUGAUCUAUAGUCUAAGAAACAAAGAUAUGAAAAAUGCCCUACAGAAAUUUCUUGGAACACAAAUUUAAGAACUUUCAUUUAAAAAAUUCCUUGCAAGAAACCCAACACCAGUUUCUUUUGAGCCCUAGUAAUACCUUUGUUUAAUCUUAAGAUACCAUCAUAGUGAACAACCUUAUAUUUUAUGUUACAUAAUUAUAUUAAAAGCUUUAUGU